CCGCUGCGAUGUCCGCCUCCACGCCUUUCGCCGAGCUCUCUACCACCGACGCCGACGCUCUCAUAAUCUCCGACGACCCGCUCCACCCUGCCAACCACAUCCCCACGCUCUGCAAGCAAUUCUAUACACACGGCUGGGUGACGGGCACCGGUGGAGGGAUCUCGAUCCGGCACGGCGAUCAUGUGUAUCUGGCUCCCUCGGGUGUCGAGAAGGAGUUGAUGUCGCCGAAGGACAUCUUCGUGAUGGACUGGAAGAGUGGAGAGUAUUUGAGGAGGCCAGAGGUCUUCAAACCCUCAGCCUGCACACCACUUUUCCUCUCCACCUACAAAGUCCGCGACGCCCACUGCUGCAUCCACACACACUCCCAAUGGGCUGUUCUCAUUACCUUGAUCGUCGGAACGGGCAAGCAAAAUAACGGAGCGACAGACCACUUCGCAAUCCGCGAAAUCGAACAGAUCAAAGGUCUCUCACGCACUGGAACAGGCAGCACCACUAUCGCUGAAGGUGGCCGUAAACUCGGCAACCUGGGAUACUUUGACACCUUGAAGGUGCCCAUCAUCGAGAAUACAGCGCAUGAGGAGGACUUGAAGGACAGUCUGGAAGCGGCGAUGAAGGAGUGGCCGGAGGCGUGUGCGGUGUUGGUGAAGAGGCACGGGGUGUAUGUGUGGGGAAGAGAUGUGGUGCAAGCGAAGACGCAGGCGGAGAGUCUGGACUACCUUUUCAGGCUGGCGGUGGAGAUGCACGGGUUAGGAUUGCAAUGGGUGUGA